CCGCCCCCGCAGCCUGUCAAACGCCGGGCGGGUGCACGGUCGGCCGCGUCGCCCCCUGCAGUGGGCUUUGCGACCUGCCGUAAGGCGGGCCCUCGCGCCGUCGCGACUCCGCCGUGCGCCGCGGGAGCCGGCGGACGGCAGCCAUGGCGGCCUUGCGACGCGCGGGGAGGGCCUUGCCUCCUCUCUGCCGCGCCUUCUCGGGCGGCGGCCGUCAGCUCGUCCCCGAGCGCGGCGCCGAGCGCAGGGAAGCAGCGCCGAGCCAGGUCUCAGGAUUCUGCCCUCCAAGAAAAUCUUGCCAUGAUUGGAUAGGACCCCCAGAUAAAUAUUCAAACCUUCGACCUGUUCACUUUUACAUCCCUGAAAAUGAAUCACCUUUGGAACAAAAGUUAAGAGAAUUAAGACAAGAAACACAGAAAUGGAACCAGCAGUUCUGGGCAAACCAGAAUUUGACUUUUCAUAAGGAAAAAGAAGAGUUCAUUCACUCAAGACUAAAAGCCAAAGGCCUGGGACUGAGAGCUGAAUCAGAGCAGCUUGAUGAGGUGUGCUGUUGUGACCCGAGUCCUGGAGACGGGAGAAGCCACAGUCCGGCCGCAGGGCCAGUGAUGGACAGAGUCCCAUCCCGUGGAGCCACUGACUGCUGUGCAGGGAGGACACUUCCCACCUCUUCAGCUCUUGUGAGGGGUCAAAAAGCAACAUUGAAUGCAGAAGAAAUGGCUGACUUUUACAAGGAAUUUUUAAGUAAAAAUUUUCAGAAGCACAUGUAUUAUAACAGGUGCGAUGAUAGGACAUGGCGUUUGAGAUUUGCUGUGACAUUCGCAGGGCGGUAACCGUGUCGGAUGGGCAGGUGGGGCAGGGUCUAGAGAGCGCGGGGUGGCGGUUGAGGCUGGAGGAGCUCUUGAGUGACGCUCGGGCAUAAAGCCCAGCCCUGCAGCGUCCAGAGUCGCUGCUGAUGCUGUCAGGUGUCACUCCAAACUAGCUGAGCUAUUCAGUCAAGCCAGUAUUAAUUAGGUUUCCCUGGACCUUUGAUUUCCGGUGUAGACACAGCAUCUUUGUGCCUUGCUUCCUCUCCGGUAAGCUUGAUGUGUUCCGUGCGGCACUCAGUCGAGAGAGCGUCUGGCAGCAGUGGAGCCUGAGUGCCGCCCUCCAUGCCCACACCUCCUCCUGCCUCUGCUUUCCUUACGCAAACAGGGCAAGCUUAGUUUGUCUUUUCCACUCAUUUUAUCAAGUCAGGUUGUCUGUAUCGGUGGAGUGGAAUCUGGCUUUUCCUUAAUAACUUAAGAACUUCAAUCUCGGUGGGAUACCGGUUUUUUUUUCCCUGGAAGCUUUUGUUACUUAUUUAAGGUGUUGCUUCCCAUUUAUAGCAUCACUUAAGUAGAUAGACACGUAAAGAUUGUUCUCUUGUGGAGAGGGGUUUUCUAUCUAGCUGUGCAAAGGCUCCAGAAAACUAGCAUUUUUACCUCUUUGUGAUUGCUUCAUUUAAGCCCUUGGUUAUGCUCCAUUCUUCUCUGCUGAGGUCCAGUCUGGAAUAGCAGUUCCAUGUUCCCUCAUUAGCUCAUUGGGAUGAAAAGCACUGGCACUUGUUGGCAUUUCAGCUUCCAGCGGCUCAGCACUGAGUCUGGAAUGUGUGCGUUCUGUUGUGGAAACUUGCCAAGUUUUGCCCAUUCAGCUGCUGACAAUGUGGUGAAUGUGCAGGUUCCGACAUGUUCUGUAGAGUAAUUCACAGGCGAGUAAGCCUACGACAGCGUGUAACUCCAUCCCAGUAUUUGUAUGAGAAGCUCUGGAAUGAUCUCUUUAGAGACACAAGUUAUCCAAAAGUUCAGAUCAUCUAGAAAAAGAGGAUGUGGAACUUGAUGGUGUUGGCACUUGCGAUAAGUUAGCUUCUCAAGAUGGAGCGCUUUUGUCAUGUGUUUCUUAUGCAAAUAAGGUGCCCAAGCCAGGAGGGUCCCCACGAGUUCCUGUAGGGCCUCCAGUCCUUUUCUAAGCGGUCACGCCCCCAUCACUCUGCAAUUGUGUCUCCGAGAGAAUGGGCUCUUUGGGGCCCCACAGCUUCCGAGGGCUCUUUUGGAGUCUUCUAGCAAAAACCAGAGGAGGCUUGCAGCAGCCUCCAGGAAUGGGAAAGGGGGGUUGGGGCACACAGGGCAGCUCAGCCUGGUGGAAGUCCAGGUGGAGGUUUUGUGGACAGUUUAGCUUUAAUGAGGGUGGGAAAAGGCAGAGACAGUGAGGAAGGGCGGAGGAGGAGCUGGUUCAGAUGCCUGGGUGCUGGCCGUUGGGUCCUGGGCGUGUGUCACGUGUGCUUGUCCUGUUCCUCUGUAGGGACUGGUACAAGCGUAAUUUUGCCAUCACCUUCUUCAUGGGAAAAGUGGCCCUGGAGAGGAUUUGGAACAAGCUUAGACUGAAACACAAGAAGACCAGAAAUUAGGAGCCCACUCUGACCUAUCCAGCGGCGUUCGAGUUUCCACAAGAAGCAGCUGCUUAUAGGAGCUCUUUUUUCAAGGGCUCUAAUACCUGUGAGUGCAGGGCAGGCUGGGAGGACGUGGGUCCUGCUGUGCUGAGGCCAACGUGGCUCCGUCCUGACUGGAUUCCAAGCUGACCCUUGGUCACGAAAGUGAUAUUAAAUAAAACCCAAGGACUUCCUAGGUGGCGCAGUGGUAAAGAAUCUGCCUGCCAAUGCAGGGGACACGGGUUCGAGCCCUACCCUGGGAAGAUUCCACAUGCCACGGAGCAGCUAAGCCUGAGCGCCACAACUAUUGAGCCUGUGCUCUAGAGCCCGUGAGCCACGACUAUUGAGCCCAUGUGCCGCAACUAUUGAAGCCCAUGCACCUAGAGCCCGUGCUCCAAAACAAGAGAAGCCACUACAAUGAGGAGCCUGCGCACCACAAUGAAGGGUAGCCCCCGCUUGCAGCAACUAGAGAAAGCCUGUGUGCAGCAACGAAGACCCAACGCAGCCAAUUAAAUAAAUAAAUAAAUAAAUAAAUUUAUAAAUAAAACCCAAGCACUGAGUGCCUCUUUUCUCUGUUUUUGAAUUAUACCUAUUUGAAAAAGAACAAUAUAAAAAUAUUAAUAAAAUUUCACUUGAAAAGUUUGGCUCCACUGAUGGGAAUGAUUAGGAAGCUGGCUGCGGUGUUAUGGCCUCAGCAGACCGGUGGGCCCUGGUUGUUGGAGGUCCCUGGGUCCAGGCAGCUGUCCUGGGAGGCGUGCACACACAGACCUGGAAGCAGGUGCGGCUCCUCCGUCAGAACCCAGGGGAUGGCAGAGGCGCCUGCGGGGAACUUUUCUCCAUUUACCCCAGUGAUGCAGAGCCUGUGUCCAAAGAUUUCCGGAACAGCUUCCUGUGGAUCAUGUCCCUCUGCUUCAGUUCUUGUAAAAUCAGCAUUGUUUGAAAUAGAAUUAUGUGGUUAGAAAAUGAUGAAGCUCUCUUUACUGUGUCCUGGAGCUGGUGGGGUAGGGGCAGGGAGCCUGCCUCAGCAGCAGGGAAGUGGCCCUCAGAGCCAGGACACACACCUGUCCUCUGAGGACAGACGAGACAUCUGGCUUUUACCAAAAGCCACUUGGCAAGCAGUUUUUAUUCCAAAAUGGGGUGUGACAGUAGAGUGGGAAGGCUGGAUUUCUUCUGUGGCUUAUAAACUGCUGCCACUGGAGGUGCCCUCCACGGAGGAAUUCCGGGGACAGAGGAAACACAUCAUCCCCGUACCCCCACCCCCACCCCACAUCCGCAUCCCCACCCCAGGCUUUUAAGGGCCAUGUGGAUGGAUGAGGGUGAUUCUGAAGAGGAAAGCCAAGCGCCGCUGAGUGUGGUGGUUCCAGGUGAACACGGCGCAGCCCAUCAGCUCCAUGAGCUGUAACCCAGGUGUCCACAGAGGUUCCCAGGGAGUGGAGCACGUGCACCAAGCAGCAUGGGACACGAGGUUCACAGGAACAACCCCAUCUCACUCAUCACACCACUGUCUCUGCUAAGCACAGCCUGUCACCAGCCCUGUGACACUGCGUCUGCACAGAAACACCAGCAGGGUUGGGGACCGGGCGGGACCCUGGUUCCACGUGCACGAGCCCAGAGGCGUGAACUGUUUUCUAGCGUGUAAUUCUUUCUCCCAUCCCAUCAGACUCGCUGACUGACUUUCGGGUCACUUAAGGUCUUCUCCCUGCACCUGUUUCUAAUUCCUUUUGCACAUCAGUUCUUAGAGGUUUUGAAAGUGACUUUCCACAGAGACCAAUUACCAACUGUUAAAGAUACCUCUUGUUAUAUGUUACCAUCUCUGUGAAGACAGAGGGAGAGUAUGGAAAGUGGGCAUGUGUUUGUCACCUGUGGGACUAGUGAGUGACCUCGCAGGUGCAGGUGUGAAGAGUCUCCCUCUGAGGUGUGGAGAUCCUGAUGUCCCAGAGCGCUUAGUCUGGUGCUGCAGACAGCUCGUUUACGGGAGCACUGAGCAAAUGGAUUCUGCCCUUCACCUGGUGGCGUGUGACCCUCCACCAGUGUUAAUCUUGUCUAAGAACUUUUACCAGCCAUAGCUCUUCCUGCACUUUUCAUAAUUUACCUCCUAGGGGCAGGCCUCCUGAGGUUUCAAGGAACAGAAACUUGAAUCAAGUAAGCUCUGGUCAAGGGUUAGGGGCAAGUAACUGGCCGGAGCCAGAGAUCUCCAGAAAUAGACCACCUGGGCCCCUGCACUGGGGAAAGCCCUCCAGCCAGGGACUGUUACAUCCCUGGCCUGGGCCCUCGGGGUGACGGGCGAUGCAGUGCUGGGCGGGGACUUGAGGUUCUCAUCCCCACCAGAGCCCCUCAGAGGUGCGGCCAGGAGACGCUGCUGUCACAGUCCCAAGGAUGCUUUAAGAGUGACUUCAAGGUGAGCCCAAAGCAACAUACGUUCUGUAUUCAGACAAGAGAAAGCAUGAGGGGCUCUUAGACUUUGUGAAGUAAAAAUGGUGAAAGCAAAGUUUCCUUUAAAGAAAGAGCAGCGCCCUCAGUGGCUGUGUCCUGGGCUGGGAGGUGAGGAGGAAAUUUCGGGUGUCUUGACGCCCCCAGUGAUAGGAAGACAGCAGAGGCCAGGGCGCGAUGCAAAGCACCCCCACAUCCCAGCGUCCAGAGUCCCGCAUGGGUCUUCUGCAAUUGUUUGCACUCGACUUAGUGGUGGUCAGACCGAGGACUGGAGAAGCGUUUUACAACUCAGGACUUGUGUGGUUGAAAUACGGUAGCUGCAUGUUGUCUUUUUUUAGUAAUUUAGUUGAAUGCCAAAAUGGUUACUUGACUCGGUGUAAACCGUGUUGCUGGCUUCUUAAAUGCUUAGUGAGUUAAUGAGAAAUGACAGUGCUGUUUUCCUCUUUCUUGGAUUCUUAAACAUUUAAGAUUGACUGUGGUAAAUGUUACUUUACGUCACAAACAAAUGCAAAUAAAAAAUUUUUUGGAGUAUAGUUGAUUGACAAUGUUGUAUUAGUUUCAGGUGUACAGCACAGUGAUUCAGUUAUAUAUGUAUGUAUCUGAAUUCUUUUUUCAAUUACUUUCCAUUAUAAUUUAUUACAAGAUAUUGAAUAUGGUUACCUGUGCUAUACAGUAAAUCCUUGUUGUUUAGCAGAUAAAUUUUAAUUAAGGUUAUUUUGACCCUAAAUUUGGAUGCCAAGUUUUAAAAAAUUUAGGUUGUUUUAAGAUGGUUCUCUGUUACAGGCAUAUUUAAAUAAAGUAUUUUUGUAGACUUUUAAAUAAUUACAGAAUAAAGGUAAUCUCAGUGAUGUAUUUUAUACUGCUUUUCCCAGAAAAAUCUGAUAAAAUUUAAUGCUUCUGUUUUAUGAAUUAGAAGGUAAAAUAAAAUUGAGUCUCUUUCCCCC